AUGAAGUGGGAGAACCAGAGCAGCGUGUCGGAAUUCCUCCUCCUGGGGCUCCCCAUCCGGCCAGAGCAGCAGACCAUGUUCUUUGCCUUGUUCCUGGGCAUGUACCUCACCACAGUGCUGGGGAACCUGCUCAUCAUCCUGCUCAUCAGACUGGACUCUCGCCUGCACACCCCCAUGUACUUCUUCCUCAGCCACUUGGCCUUCACCGACAUCUCUUUCUCAUCUGUCACUGUUCCCAAGAUGUUAAUAAACAUGCAGACUCAGAAUCAAUCCAUCCUCUAUUCUGGGUGCAUAGCACAGAUGUAUUUUUUCAUAUUUUUUACAGAUCUGGACAAUUUCCUUCUCACUUCAAUGGCAUAUGAUCGGUAUGUGGCCAUUUGUCACCCCCUCCACUACACCACUAUCAUGAGGGAGGGACUGUGCAGCCUACUAGUAGCUCUGUCCUGGAUCCUCUCCUGUGCCAGUGCCUUGUCUCACACCCUCCUCCUGGCCCGCUUGUCCUUCUGUGCUGACAACACCAUCCCCCACUUCUUCUGUGACCUUGCUGCCGUGCUCAAGCUGUCCUGCUCAGACACCUCUCUCAAUGAGAUAGUCAUUUUCACCGUGGGAGUGGCAGUCAUGACUCUCCCAUUGACGUGCAUCCUCAUCUCUUAUGGCCGAAUAGGGGCCACCAUCUUGAAGAUUCCGUCUACCAAGGGGAUCUGCAAAGCCCUGUCCACCUGUGGCUCCCAUCUUUCUGUUGUGUCUCUGUACUAUGGGACAAUUAUUGGGCUGUAUUUUUUCCCCUCAGCUAGCAAAUCCACGGACAAGGACAUAAUUGCUUCUGUGAUGUACACAGUGGUCACCCCCUUGCUAAACCCUUUCAUUUACAGCCUAAGGAACCGGGACAUGAAGGGGGCCUUGGAAAAACUCUUCAACAAGGUGACAAUUUCUUCUUAA